GUUGUUGUGAGGCGACUGCGCUACUGCCGGACCGGGGCGGUUAUGGCGGCUCCAUAUUAACACCCUCCUCCUCCUCCUCUGCCGCCGCCGCCGCCGUCUCCUCCUCCUCCUUUCCCUCCCGCCCGCGCUCUAAGCCAUCUCCCCCUUCACCCUGACGCCUACCUCUUCCCCUCACCUUUCCCCCUCCCCUUUUCUACCAUGCCCGGCAUGAUGGAGAAAGGGCCCGAGUUACUGGGGAAGAACCGAUCGGCCAACGGCAGCGCCAAGAGCCCGGCGGGCGGUGGCGGCAGCGGCGCCUCGUCCACCAACGGCGGGCUGCACUACUCGGAGCCCGAGAGCGGCUGCAGCAGCGACGACGAGCACGAUGUUGGGAUGAGAGUCGGAGCUGAAUACCAAGCUCGGAUCCCUGAAUUUGAUCCAGGUGCUACAAAGUACACAGAUAAGGACAAUGGAGGGAUGCUUGUAUGGUCUCCAUAUCACAGUAUCCCAGAUGCCAAAUUGGAUGAAUAUAUUGCAAUUGCAAAGGAGAAGCAUGGCUACAAUGUGGAACAGGGUAGUACUGAACAACCUGUCCAAACUAGCAAGAUUGGACUUGGAAGGAGAGAGUAUCAGAGUUUACAACAUCGCCAUCAUUCUCAGCGUUCUAAGUGCCGUCCACCUAAGGGCAUGUAUUUAACCCAGGAAGAUGUGGUAGCUGUUUCCUGUAGUCCCAAUAUCUUCCUAGGAAAUUCUUCACAACUCUACAAAAUUGAUGAUGAUGUGGAAGAAACACACCCAAUGGAUGGGAACGAUAGUGAUUAUGAUCCCAAAAAAGAAGCCAAAAAAGAGGUUCAGAACGCUAAGCAAGUAAACAGUGCACUUAAACAGAAAAUGGAAGGUGGAAUUGAAGAAUUCAAACCUCCUGAGUCAAAUCAGAAAAUUAAUGCCCGUUGGACCACAGAGGAGCAGCUUCUAGCAGUGCAAGGUGUCCGCAAAUAUGGUAAAGAUUUUCAAGCUAUUGCAGAUGUAAUUGGCAACAAGACUGUUGGCCAAGUGAAGAACUUCUUUGUAAACUACAGGCGUCGGUUUAACUUAGAGGAGGUAUUGCAGGAAUGGGAAGCAGAACAAGGAACCCAGGCUUCUAAUGGUGAUGCUUCUACUUUAGGGGAGGAGACAAAAAGUGCUUCUAAUGUGCCAUCAGGGAAGAGCACUGAUGAAGAAGAGGAGGCACAGACCCCACAGGCUCCUCGGACUCUGGGUCCAUCACCUCCUGCCCCAUCAUCCACUCCAACACCAACAGCCCCCAUUGCCACUCUGAACCAGCCUCCACCACUUCUUCGUCCAACACUGCCUGCCGCCCCUGCUCUUCACCGGCAGCCUCCUCCACUCCAGCAGCAGGCUCGGUUCAUCCAGCCCCGGCCAACUUUAAAUCAGCCUCCACCACCUCUCAUUCGCCCUGCUAAUUCUAUGCCACCCCGUCUAAACCCAAGACCGGUGUUGUCCACGGUCGGUGGUCAACAGCCACCAUCACUUAUCGGAAUUCAGACAGAUUCACAGUCCUCACUGCACUAAAAAUCAAAUUGGACAGAGCUGCAGUAACUUCUUACCCCAUCAUUAUACCAAUGCUCAUCUAACUGAUGCAAAACAGGAAAGAAUAAUCCUUCCUAGAUACUGAGGCUGCGAAUUAGUUCUGUGGCAGUGGACUAGCAUAAGUGGAUGUCUAAGAAAUUUUUCAGUUCCCUGUACAACAAAAAGCCUCUAGUUAGCCUCCUUUCUAGAGUAUAUGUUCAGCAAUGUGAUCUCAUAAAAGGAAAAAAAAAUUUAUGUAUUCUGUAUACCAAG